UCCACGAUUCGGGCAUUAUUGGCUAGUACGUCGCAGAGUAAGGAUCACCGUCGACCGGACUUUCGUUGUCCCGGCGUCUAAAAAUGCGGUUCUUCAGCUCGUUUUGCCUUCUAUUGGCGGUCACGCUCGCCACUGCAGAAAUCUACUUCGAGGAGAAAUUCCUCGACGAUUCCUGGGAGAAGAAUUGGGUGUACUCUGAACAUUCUGGAAAGGAAUUUGGAAAGUUUGUUUUAAGUCACGGAAAAUUCUGGAAUGAUCCAGAAAAUGACAAAGGUAUCCAAACAUCACAAGAUGCCAGAUUCUAUGCCUUGAGCAGAAAGUUUAAACCGUUCAGCAAUAAAGACAAAACACUUGUUAUCCAAUUUACUGUUAAGCAUGAACAAAACAUUGAUUGUGGCGGUGGAUAUGUAAAAAUAUUCGACUGCUCAUUGGAUCAGAAAGACAUGCACGGUGACAGUCCAUAUCAGAUUAUGUUUGGACCUGAUAUUUGUGGACCUACUACGAAGAAAGUUCACGCGAUCUUCAGCUAUAAGGGCAAAAACCGUUUGAUUAACAAGGAGAUUCGCUGCAAAGAUGACAUAUAUACUCACUUGUACACCUUGAUUGUUAAGCCUGACAAUACAUACAAAGUUCUAAUUGAUAACGAAGAAGUAGAAUCUGGUGAACUAGAAGCGGAUUGGGACUUUCUUCCACCAAAGAAGAUCAGAGAUCCAUCCCAGAGCAAACCUGAAGAUUGGGAUGAUAAGGCCACUAUUCCUGAUCCAGAUGACCAGAAACCAGAAGAUUGGGAGAAACCAGAGCAUAUUCCCGAUCCCGAGGCUACUAAACCCGAAGAUUGGGACGAUGAAAUGGACGGAGAAUGGGAAGCUCCAAUGAUCGAUAAUCCUGAAUAUAAGGGUGAAUGGAAACCGAAACAAAUUGACAAUCCAAAUUAUAAAGGACCCUGGAUUCAUCCAGAGAUUGAUAAUCCCGAAUACACGGCUGAUCCAGAAUUGUACAAAUUUGACGAAAUUUGCGCUCUCGGUUUUGACCUCUGGCAAGUGAAAUCUGGGACAAUUUUCGAUAAUGUACUGAUCACUGAUGACCCCGAAGUCGCCCGUAAAUUUGGCGAAGAAGUUUGGAAGCCUACUUUGGAAGGUGAGAAAAAGAUGAAGGAGGUUCAAGAUGAGGAGGAAAGAAAACAGAGACAAAAGGAGAGCAAAGAAAAUGAAGAUAACAAGGAUGAUGACGAGGACGAAGACGUGGAUGAAGAAGAUAACAGUGUCCCUGAUGCUGAAGAACACGACGAAUUGUAAAUAAUGUGUUGUGAUCGACACGAACACAGACUAUAUUCCAGGAGCUGUGUGGCCGCGACACGCACUAACUUUCCACAAAAA